CGGUUGAUUCAAUUUUGGCACAUUGUCGUUUCAUAUUAUUCGUAAGGAUUUUUGUUCCGAUGUCAUAAAGAUCUGAAAUAUGUACCUAUUUACGCUGAAAUUUUAAUUUAUUGGAUUGAAGAGGCUAUAAUUUUAAAAAGCAAACGACUAUGGAACAAGAAACAAUUACGAUUUCCAAUCAAAUCACGACUGCCGCGUCUGCAUUAUCUUUACCGAAUGUAGAUUCUAACCCUCAGUGCAAGUUGUUUUCUGAAGAGGUUUGCCCAGCAACUUUCGUAUGUCAUCGAUGUAAGAAAUCGUUCUACAACGCCAUGGCACUACAGAAUCACAAGAACAUGCAGCACGAUGCUGACAGUUCAUGCAGCGAGAGUGACCAAGUCACUUCUUUCAUGCGUUCUAAUGAUCAGAUACUCAACGACUUCUGUGGAUUCAAGUUUAUACCGCGCACGAAUCCAGAUUUAGAUACCAACACCAGCGUCCAGGACGGCAUCACCACACGCACUUUCACAGAGGACAUAUCCUACCUCAUCGUAAAGAUAGAAGGGUAUGAUCUCGACUUGAACUUGAGUCUCAAGAGGUCCAGGUUAGAAGGAGCCGUAAAAAAGGCGAAACACAAAGCUGGGAAACCGUUAGUUGAUUUAAGGGGCCCUUUUACGUGCACGCUUCCAUCAGAGCUGUAUCCAGGCAUGCAAUGCCGUCAAAUCUUCUUCAACUGUUGUGACUAUUCUAUGCACUAUAGAGAAGAGCACACAAAAAGGCGCAAAGCGGCGCUGCGCUGCCAAGUCUGCGAGAAGCGACUGGACACGGACCAAUCACAUUCUGUAACCGCCUUACAGCAGCCCGUUAACCGCAUCACAUUCGCCUGUCGCAUCUGUGGACAGACGUUCCUCACAGGCGCUCAAUACGACGAACAUAACCGCACUGUCCAUGCCAAGAUAAAACCACACCAGUGCUCAAUAUGCGCAAAGCGAUUCACUCAACAAGGCGGCUUACAACAGCACAUGCGUAUGCAUACAGGUGUCAGACCCUUCGUCUGCUCCUUUUGUCCAAAAGCUUUCACCCAAAAAGCUGGUUUGGAUCAACACCUGCGCGUGCACACAAAGAUAAAGCCUUUUAAAUGCGUAAUCUGCAGCAAAUGCUUCUCUCAAUCUGUCCAUUUGCGGCAACACAUGAGAACCCAUACCAACAUCCAGCCUUUUGAGUGUUUUGUGUGUGGGAAGCGGUUUAAACAAAGCAGCCAUCUUAAUUUCCAUAUGAGAUCGCAUGUCGGGGAAACGAGUUCCCUAGUGGUGGAACGGUACGCUCAGGAGGUGCCACAGCAGAACCAACUAGAGUUUUUAAACCUGGCUAAUCUACAGCCGAUCCAAGAUGGCGAAACUUUAUAUUACGCUGCCGAGCUAGCUGCUGGCCCGCCGGGGCAUAACAGUUUUAAUUAUCAAUCUCAAGAGGCUUUGCCAGAAAAUGUUCUUUCUUUCUAAUUGUUAAUGUUAUGAGCAAAAUUAUUGUGUUAAUACAGGCUCACAUUCUUUGUAAGUGUUAUUAUAAUAGUUAAGUCA